CCUGUAAGAGUCAUAGUCAAGAAGCUCAGGAAUAUCUGGAUGAGCUGAAGCUGGCUGUGGCCUGGAACAGAGUCGACAUCGCUAAGAGUGAAAUAUUCAAUGGGGAUGUUGAAUGGAAGUCAUGUGACCUAGAAGAAGUGAUGAUGGACGCCCUGGUGAAUGAUAAGCCAGAAUUUGUCAAGUUAUUUAUUGACAAUGGGGCCAACAUAUAUGACUUCCUGACGUACAGCCGGCUGCAGAGACUCUACUGUACCAUCUCGCCAAAGUGUCUCCUCUAUUCACUUUUGCUUAAAAAACAUGAAGAAAAUAGACUCACUUUGGCAGGGAUGAGUGGUCAACAGCACAAGGAAAUGAUAGAUACUUGCCCACUCUUUACUCUCCAUGAAGUUUCCAGGGUGCUGAAGGAUUUUUUACAUGAUGCAUGCAGAGGUUUCUAUCAAGAACCUAAGUCUGGAAGCAAGAAGAAAACCGAUAAGUCACAUGCCAAAAGGUUACCUGGCCCUUUGGAUAUGAAUCAGAAAAGUGAAAAUCCUUGGAGAGAUUUAUUUUUAUGGGCAGUACUUCAAAAUCGGCACAAGAUGGCAUACUAUUUCUGGGCUAUGGGGCAGGAAGGUGUCGCUGCAGCCCUGGCGGCUUGUAAAAUCGUCCGAGAGAUGUCCCAUCUGGAGACCGAAGCUGAAGUAGUCUGCAGAAUGAAAGAAGCGAAAUAUGAGCAGCUUGCUGUGGAACUAUUCAGUGAGUGCUACCACAACAGCGAGGACCGGGCUUUCGCUUUGCUGGUGAGGAGAAACCGUUUCUGGAGCAAAACCACUUGUCUCCACUUGGCCACAGAAGCAGAUACCAAGUCUUUCUUUGCACACGAUGGGGUGCAGGCUUUUCUGACAAAAAUCUGGUGGGGAGAUAUGUCAACAUCCACCCCUAUCUUGAAGCUAAUUUGUGGAUUUUGGUGUCCUUUCCUGAUAUAUACUAAUUUGAUAUCAUUCAGUGAGGAAACCCAAUCAGUGGAAGAGCCAGAAUCAUUUAAAGAGCUUGACAGCUUGGAUACAGAAAGGACGUUGCUUUUUCCCAAGGAACUGGAUAGGGGAGAUACCAAAUUAGAAACACAGGAUACUUCUGGAAGUGUAGCAUAUGGAACAGUUGUGUUUACACGAUGGAAAAAAUUCUGGACUGCUCCGGUCACAGUGUUUAUGGGAAAUGUUAUCAUGUACUUUGCUUUCCUCUUUCUGUUUUCCCAUGUCCUCUUGGUGGAUUUUAAACCACCCCCACCUAAAGGCCCGUCAAUCCUUGAGGUUAUACUUUACUUUUGGGUUUUUACAGUGGUCUUGGAAGAAAUCCGACAGCCGUCCAUGCAUAACUGGAAUAAGUGUGAUAUGGUUGCAAUCUUCCUGUUCAUCGUUGGAGUCACCUGCAGAAUGCUGAAUUCAACCUUUCAAGAUGGCCGAACAAUACUAGCUAUUGAUUUUAUGGUGUUUACCCUUAGACUGAUUCAUAUUUUUGCCAUUCAUAAGCAGCUGGGCCCAAAGAUUAUCAUUGUGGAGAGAAUG